AUGAUACACUGUUUGCUGGAAAUCAUUGGGUUUUCCAGCAGGAUUCCGCUCCAGCUCACAAGGUCAGGUCAAUUCAGCAGUGACUGCAAAAGAACAUUCCAGAGUUCAUCUCUGCCUGGGAUUGGCUCUAAGCUCUGCUCUGCUCUUAACCCACUAGAUUAUCGGCUUUGCUCCGAACUGGAGAAGAUGGAUGACACAGAGCAUCCCCUAACUUGCAAAGCCUCAAACAAUCUCUGGUCCGAGCAGUUGAACGCUUUCCUCAAGGAGUGCUGCGUGCUGCUAUUGAUGACUGGGCACGGAGAUUAA